CGUAAGCAUAAUAAUUUGUGCACAUAGGACUUGUGCAUCCAUUGUCUACGGAGUACAACCUAUCUAUGGAGGACGCAGAGAUGGAAGGAUCCUUGAAAGUUUGAUGAGCGAAUUUCGGAGGUGCCAUAUGUUUGACGUAGCAAUUUGCAUACUUUGAAUAGUAUGAGACAACGGUGUAUCUCCUGCAGCCUGUACAUACAAUGUGUGAUCUCUCCGGUUGAUCCAUCCCAAGGGUGGUGUCCUGCAGGCUGCUGGGGUUGAGGGGAGAAAAGGAUAACUAAACGGAUCUUGGUUCCCCAGAUUCCUACCUCAUGCUUGCCGGUAACAGCGCGGCGUUGGCACAUCUCCUCGCCAGGCGGACGAAGGAUUUAGGACUCGAUAGAUCUUGAUGGCCCGACUGGUGACGAUAGUGAGCACUGGGUCGGGCAUCGACUGACCCUGAGUGAUCGAGGAUCUCCGAAAGCUGAAUGGAGGAAACUAAAAGUUGAGGCUAAGACACGUCGAUAAACGGUGGGCACCGAUGGCCAGACUCCAGCUGUCAGGUUGCAUGACUGGAACUCGACGGCAAUUCUCCGUGUCUGCCGUCCUCUUGGAGCUGCGAUAUCACAGGUUAAAUUUCCCUGAUGAAACAAGCCGGAAAUCUCCAACCGUAGCCAUGCAGAUUCUCGAACACUGAGCGCCAGACGAUGCAUUCUUUGAAGUCGCCAGAAGCCACCAAGCGUGCCUUUGCCCCUGACCGGCGGGGGUCUAAGCCGGGGAUGGUCUAGCUGUGCCAGCUGGUCGAGACGCUAGUAGGAACUAUCGUCUCUUGCAUUGGAUUUCCAUCCGGAAAUCGACCACUUCUUUCAACAUUUAUAUUAAUUCUUAUGCACGUCGGGUCAAUCUGCCCUGACCACAGUGACCAGACUCCUCUUCGAAGUUCGUACCUGGACUGACUCCGUUUGAGAAAGUCCAUCAGACAUCCUGCAAAUAUCCACCUCGAAUCCCGAUCGCUCUUCUCUCCACCCUCGCCCUCUAUGGUCUCGUCAUCAUCACGAUCGCUUCUUUUAUUUAGUUGAAUAGUUCCCACAUUCCACUCGUUGAGACUUUUCGCUCUGACACCACCUGUUCCUGGCGGAACCGCCCGUUCUCCCGUGGUCGCUCCGGUUCCUGGUUCCUGACCGGUUGACAAGCCCUUCCCUGCACUUUCAAGCACAGAAAAAGGAAAGUGAUGACCAAUUGAUUUCAACCUUGCCCACGUUCCGUCUGCUGUGGUAGCCUCGAGCAGCUCCCCCUUGCGCAUUACACUGCGGUGCAUCGUGGACCUUCCCUCGCGCCCCCUCACAUCAUGCCCAGGUGAUACAAAGACUGCGCCCUUGAAGACGACCUUGUCUUGAAACCGGACUAUAACUCAACCUUGACCCUGAACACCGCAUAUACUGUCCAAGUCCUGGCGACGGACAAACCCCCCUCGGAAAAGCACAUUUCCUUUCCGUGUUCAAUGCCGCGGUUUACCACGUUAUAAUCCUCACUAGCCAUGAGUCGAACAAUGCGAUCUGGCAGUGUCCGAGCGACCUCCCAGCAUGCCGACCGAGACGCCACCAAUUCCCCUCCCCGCACACCCCCGGGACCUUCUAGCUACAAAAUCAAGCGAGGACGUCACCCUCGACCGUCGGUGCGCGAGACUUUCCUCGACGAUUACAACCCCGCGGAUACAAACGACAGCUAUGAAUCUGGGGAUGAGCGCGAUCCCCAUGACUUGUCAUUGUCCCCGAAUCAUGCCGCUCGCACUUCGAUAGUCGAUAACAUGCUCCUCUCCCUAGAUCAGUUCUCGUCUGGCAACUCGGUCCUAGAUGACUACCGGCUGUUCAAUUCUGCCUUCGAAAACGAUCGAUUUACCCACACCUCUCAGGAUUCCAUUUCGCAACGCAGAUACCGCGGUCAUACCUUCUCUUCAUCUUUGUCGUCGGACGUGGAAUAUGGUUAUGAUGAAGGUGCUAGCCGGUACGCCGCACAACAAGCGAGGGAACGCCGGAGUAAUAGUAGUUCGAACUAUCAGUCUGGUCUCAGACGAUAUGAGAGCGCUCGGAGUCGAGAUGGCACGGGCUCUCGCGGCCAACCUUUUGAUUACCGAACAACUGCUACUGCCCCUGCUACCCGCGCUGGUAGGAAAAGUAGCAAGGGAAGCACGAGUUCCAAUCUGGAUUUCGGACCUCCCAUUUCGAAACGUCAGGCCGAGCUGUCGAGUGACAGACGGUCCGCAAGCUUUGAUCUCGGGACGAGGAAGCCAUUUAUGACAUUUUCUGGUUCGACCCCUGACUACGAUCCACUUGCGUAUGAUGGAUUGGAUGCGGCGCCUACCCCCAGCGUUCCUGCUGGCCCAAGGAAAUACCAAACAGUUUCCCAGGCGGAUUUUGGUCUCAAGGCCCAGUCAUCGCGCACGCCAGUGGCAUCCCGAAGGAAUAGCGUUAAGUCCUCGCGAACUACUCAGACCAGAAAAUCUCGCCCCGAAAAUCUUGGCACCGCAGCCAUUAGGUCUCGCGACCAUGAAUUCGCACUCAUGACCGACUCGGACCUCGAAGCUCCCCCCAAUAUUUCGGCGUCUCUGGACCCGCCUGCCCCGAGCCCAACAAUCUCAUUUAACAAGCCCGCCUUCCCCAUCCCGCCUCCCGAGCCGACCCCUGUCAAGGAACGUCCAGGUUUCUUUCGCCGGGUUUUCGGAUCUUCAAAAAGCCCAGCUGCUAUGCCGUCCGAGAGUAGCCCAUCUGAUACCGCAACCUCAAAAGACGCCGAGACCAGGGAUGCAAACGGAGUGAGUCCCAGUAUGAAAGUACGACGACAACAACAACAACAACAACAACCACAGAAGCUCACUGCAGGUGGCACCCAUCCACCUCGUGAGGGUGCACAAGUGGUGAACAAGAAAUCGUCUUUCUUCCGCCGGCGGAAGAAGUCGGUGGCGGAGAAUGUCCCGCCUCCAAUUACUCUCCCCCAGAACCUUAAACCUGGCGGACUGAUGAAACCGGAACCUAGCCCCGUAAGCAGCUUGCGGAAGGUUAUGAACCCUUACUUGGCAGACGCUACUCCCAAUAACAGCACGCCAGCUGUCGAUUAUUCCACUGAAUCCUCUGACUGGAGUACCGCGGCAAAUGACCCUGAUAAUAGGAAACCGGACGACGUACCACGGAAGGCGAAAAGCAAUUCCGUGAACCUUGUGAAUGGACCGAAAGCUAAAUAUACUCUUUAUCCUGCAAGUUCGACGAAUCAUGCACAUGACACCUCAUUUUUGGGAGCCAGCAGCGGCGACGAUGAUUCUAUUGUCAAACCGAACGAUUCGGACUCUACUCCGCUCGCCCGUCGCCGACAGGACCGUGUUGGAACCAGAGAAGGCGUGGACGCUGAUGAAGGCGACGUAAAGACGGUGGAAGCACAACAAGACGUUGAUUCGUCGCGAAAUACAUUAGCAGCCAUAGAGAAUAUGCGCCCUACUUCCUUAUCUCCUGUUGCCGAACGGACCUCCCAAAUAUCCUCCUCGCUCGUCAUCGAAACCCCCGAAGAGAAGCCGGCUACCUCCCCAACAGCAGAAUCGAAAGACAAGGACAUGUAUGAUACGACUAUCUGGAAUGAUGAUUCCGAUGCGCCCAGCAAGUUGUCUACUCCAGUCAUAGGCAGAGACUCUCCUCGAGCCUCGGUAUCCGAAGCUUCCAACUACCAAACUGCAGCCAAUACCCCUAUCGUACCACAAGGCGCCGAGUGGAACGCAGCAGAAGGCAACAAGGAGGCCGCUGAAGACCAUUCCGCAGAAUCGCCCAGCAGUGAAGACAAACAACAGGCACAGAAGCUAUACGAUGGGCAAGAUGAGUUUGUGGGCAACUUGCCAGCAGCCGCCUGGCUUGGUGGCCCUGACCGUGUCAACAUCCGGGCGGCCUAUAUGGACUUGUUCGAUUGGUCUAACAUGAAUAUCCUUGCUGCCCUCCGUAGCCUAUGCAUGCGGUUGGUACUGAAAGGAGAGACCCAGCAGGUCGAUCGCGUUUUAGAUGCUUUCUCAACAAGAUGGUGUCAAUGUAACCCUCGUCAUGGUUUCAAGGCAUCAGAUGUCGUUCACACUAUCUGUUAUUCUCUUCUGCUCUUAAAUACCGAUCUGCACCUCGCAGAUAUCGAGCAAAAGAUGACGAAAGCUCAAUUUGUUCGCAACACGAUGCCCACAAUCCAGCGCGUGGCUGUUGAUGCAGCCCCAGACGAAUUUGGAAACAAGGCAAAGGCUUCCAACGCCGAUUUUGGACUACCGUCUUCUCGAUCAGCAACAUUCCCCACUGACGAGUCCAACUCUCAUAAUACUAAUCCGGACAAGCCAGACAAAUCCACAAACAUCCCAGGCAAGUUGGCAAAUCGACUGUCUCGACAGGACUUAUCUUCAAAGAUGACCUGCGAUGCUGACAAUGAGGUUGGCCCACUGGUCAAUACCCCUUUCUCUGGUACUGCCAAAGCAUGGGAGCAGCAGGUCGAGACAGUUCUUCGAGAUUUUUACAGCUCCAUUCAGAAGCAGAGACUCCCGCUACAUGGCGCUCAGCCGGAAAGAGAAGCCCCGCGGACGGCAUCCAGCGCGAUGCUUGGCCCGGCGCCGCAUGGUCUUCGCAGAAGUCCCAGUACUGUCAGCAAGAGUGGUUCCGACAUUUUCCCUCGAGGCCGUUCGGCAGACUCGCGCUAUGGUACGGCGCGCUGGUCUUCUAAACCUCGUUCCCGCGCUAGGUUGUAUCCUCCUUCGACAAUGGGAUCUAGCCGCACAAGCCUCGAUGACCAGUCAUCCUUGUGGAGUCCAUCUGGCUCGAGUACCUGGAGCAAAUAUUCUCUGGGUAAAUUUACAUCAGCGUCUGUCGACUCCUUUGGGUCGGGUUAUCCCCAUGCAGACUAUCAACAGUCUAUUGGGUUCGCGAAUGCUCUUAGCCAGGCUAUUAUCCGUGAGGACUCUGCACAUUCCAUUGCUAGCACUGAGGAUUAUGAGAGGACCGGCCAACUUCUCGAAGAUGAGACCCUAGAACUCGCUGGAGCGCCCUGGGCGAAGGAAGGCAGCUUGAAACACAAGCAUCACCUGGACUCGGUCGACAAACGUGCGAAGGAUCGGAACUGGAAUGAAUGCUUUGCUGUCAUUCAACAAGGUUGGAUGCGUCUUUUCUCCUUCAAGCCAUCCAAGUCCAUGCGGCAAAAAUCCAAGCAACGCCAUCCAGGAGGCGUUGUAGUGGGAGGUGGCAAUUGGACUGAGAAUGCCGAAGAAAUUUGGAAGUUCCUUUUACGCCAAUCCAUUGCCAGUGCCCUUCCGCCUCCUGGUUACUCGAAAUCUCGCCCCCAUGUCUGGGCGUUGAGUCUCCCCACUGGUGCAGUGCAUCUCUUCCAAGCUGGUACCCCUGAGAUCGUUCGCGAGUUCGUUUCCAGCGCGAACUACUGGAGUGCCAGGCUAUCAAAGGAGCCUCUCAUUGGCGGUAUUAGUAACAUUGAAUAUGGUUGGAGCGAUGCGAUCAUUAACAGCGCAUUGAUAAACCCUGAGGUCAAUCGAUCACCUCCAUCCUCGUCUGGCGCAAGGCCCAGCAUACAGAGCUCAAUUAGGAGUUCCAUCGAUCAGCAAGUCGUCCGGCCUAAACUGCCUGCUGACCGUGUGCACAUCAGCGAUUGGUCACCGCCACAACAAAGCAUGAUGGCCGCCAACCUCCCAGAAGCCGAUCAACUGAAGGGCUUGCAAACAUAUGUGAAGAACGUCGAGGCCGAGUUGCAACGACACAAUGAACUCCGAUCCGCGAUGGUUCUCGCAUUCUCGCCACGCCAUCCGAAUGCCGGGAAAGCGAUGGCCAACUGGGAGCGCAAGUCGUCAUAUCUGUUGCGCGAGAUUGUCAAAUUCCGCACCUACAUCGACUCCCUGCAAAACGCAAUUGACGCGAAGAACAAAAUAUACGCGGCUCGCGAAGAGUACAAUCAACCUUCGGAGUCGUGAUUUACGGACGAUUUUCUUCAAGAUUUUCUCCUUCUUUCCCUCUUAUAUGGGCCCGCUUAGACAUGACCUUUAUUGUACUAUACCCUUCAUGUGCUUCUGACACCGGAGCGCUCCCUUACGAUUCUAUGCGUUGUCUUUUUCUCUAGAGCUGAUUUAUCUCUCGCCUUUCCUUUGUAUCUUUUUAGGCUCUGACGAGAUAUGUUGAUAAUAAGAGGUAUGAUGACUGUUCCAUUGUGAACCAGAUAAAAUUGUGAUUUGUAUAAUUAGACGCAAUUCAUAUGCAAUCUAUAUGAAUCUCCUAUUGAUCAUGUGGACUUGUGUACGUAUCAACUUGACAAGUCUGCAGCACAAGCGAGAGGCGAGUGCAGUCGUGGAGCAGAUUUUGUGGAUGAGAAAUCGGCAGCCGUGCCUGAAAGUUGCAACAACAAAAAUAACAACAAACAACUCCCACUUACCUCGACCCUUACUCGCCCUCUCCUGUUUUCAUUGUUGUGAGUCCAUUCCUCUCUUGGCCUUCUCAGCAUCAACAAGCCGUUGCACUAGCCUGCCCCUCGCCAAUAAGCGCUAUCCCGUGCUGGCCGCCAAGUGGAUAAGACAAGCAACCGUCUCGCCCAUUCAGGCAUUCGCAC